CGAGGGCCGUGAAAGGCUCUUGUAGAACCUGGAGGACAAAGAACUGAAUCAGUCGAGACUGGGGGGGUAAAACACAUCCAUACUUGCAGCUUUACAGCCGCGGCUGUGUGCCCAGUCCUCUGCUUUCAACAGUGUUCAAUUAAUCUUUAAUUAAAAUUUGACCCUAAUGAGGCCACAUUUGGAGUGCUGUGUUCAGGUCUGGGCUCCUCAGUACAAGAAAGACAAGAAGCUACUGAAGAGAACUCCAGCAGAGGCUGCAAAGAUGAUGAGGGAUUUGGAGCAUCUCUCUUAUCAGGACAGCCUGCAGGAGCUGGGCCUGGUAGGUCUAGGAAGACUGAGAGGGGAUCCCAUUAGAACAUAUAAAUAUCUCCAAGGGGUGUCAGAGGAUGGUGACAGAUUCUUUUUGUUGGUGCCCAGCUGCAGGGUGAGGAACAAUGGCCAUAAACGAAAACGAUAAGUUUCAUCUCAGCACGACAGAGACCUGCUUUCCAUGGAGGGUGGCAGAGCACUGGAACAGACCGACUUCAAGGCGGCCGACACGGACGUGAACACAGACCAGGACAUCGAGAAGAACCUGGACAAGAUGAUGUCUGAGCGGGCCUUGCUGAAGGAGCGCUACCAGGAGGUGUUGGACAAGCAGAGGCAGGUGGAGAAUCAGCUGCAGGUCCAGCUUAAGCAGCUCCAGCAGCGGAGGGAAGAGGAGAUGAAAAACCACCAGGAGAUCCUGAAAGCAAUUCAGGAUGUUACGAUCAAGCGAGAAGAGACUAAGAAAAAGAUGGAGAAAGAAAAGAAAGAAUUCCUGCAGAAAGAGCAGGAUCUCAAAGCUGAAAUUGAGAAACUCUGUGAGAAAGGCAGAAGGUUGCUGAAGGAGCAGGAGGAGAAGGAAAACAAGAUUGCCUCUCUGAUUGCAGAGCAGUCUGAUGAGAAGCAGCUGUGGGAGAUGGAGCUGGACAAGCUGAAGAACCAGCACAAUGAAAUCAACAGGAAUAUUCUUGAGGAGACGGAACGAGCCUGGAAAGCAGAGAUCCUGUCCCUGGAGAGCCGGAAGGAGCUGCUGGUGUUGAAGCUGGAAGAAGCAGAAAAAGAAGCAGAGCUACACCUCACCUACCUCAACUGUGCUUGCAGGUCUGCACCACCCACGCUGGAGACCAUGAGGCCAAAGCAGGAGUGGGAGAUGAGGCUGAACAGGAUACGAAUGACCAAGCAAAGUGUCCGAGAUCAGUUCAACGACCACAUCCAGAUGGUGAGGAAUGGCACAAAGCUGAGCAGCCUCCCCCAGAUCCCGACGCCGACGCUGCCUCCUCCGCCUUCGGAAACAGAUUUCAUGCUGACGGCAUUCCAGCCCAGCCCAUCCCUGACCCCCCGGCUCCCCUUCCCCAUCGGGCCUGUCCCCGUGCCCAUGGUCAUGCCGAGCGCCGAUCCUCGGGCGCUGUCCUUCCCUCUGCUGAACCCCGCCAUGUCCAGGCCCAACCAGCCCUCCCCACCCCUGCCCGCUUCCCAGGGAAGGAACAGCCCGGUGGUGGCAUCGCUGAUCGGCACACACAGCCCCCACAUGCCCCCCGCCGCUUCCAUCCCUCCUCCGCCCGGCCUGGGCGGGGUGAGCGGCGCUCCCGAGUUCCAGCGGCCCCAGCCGGCCGACAAGCUGGAGAAGCUGCUGGAGAAGCUGCUGACUCGGUUUCCACAGUGCAACAAGGCCCAGCUCACCAACAUCCUGCAGCAGAUCAAGACUGCCCGGAGGACCAUGGCCGGCCUGACCAUGGAGGAGCUGAACCAGCUGGUGGCGGCCAAGCUGGCAGAGCAGCAGGAGCGGGCAGCAGCUGGAGCUCAGCCUCUGGGCCGGAUCAGGGCCCCCAUGUUCUCUGCUCCACUGCCUCAGAUCAGCACGCCCAUGUUCCUGCCCCCGGCCCAGGUCGCUUACCCGGGAACAGCGUCACACACCCCAGCUGCCUGUAAGCUGUGUCUGAUGUGCCAGAAGCUCGUGCAGCCCGGUGACCUUCACCCCAUGGCCUGCUCACAUGUGCUGCACAAGGAGUGCAUCAAAUUCUGGGCACAAACCAACACGAAUGACACUUGCCCUUUUUGCCCAAGCCUCAAAUGACGGCUGCUGGGACAACACGGGCCCCUGGGAGGAGUUGCUGUGAAUAAACAGGAUCAGUUCUAAGAUUUCUACAGUUCUAUAUUUAUACGAUCAUGUAUACACAUGUACAUUUUUAUUAUAUAGGUAAUGUGUGUAUAGAAAGUCUGUAAACAUACAAAUUCAUAAAUAAAGUGUGUAUAUUAUGCAGUGAU